AUGGUGAGGAAGAAAAGGGAUGGAGAAACGAAGGGAGAAAAAGGAAAGAGAAAUGAAGGAAGAAAGGGAAGGAGAAAUGAAGGAAGAAAAGAAGAAAAGGGAAGGAGAAAUGAAGGAAGAAAUGGAAGGAGAAAUGAAGGAAAUGGAGAAAUGAAGUGA